AUGCCACAUCGGCCGUCGCGUGGUGCCAUCAGCCGGGUCGCCUCACUUGCUGCAUACAGCAGGGCGGGUAAGCGAAAACAGACUACUGCUGACGCCUCCCUUCUUUCUCCUUCACAUACUUUUCCUUCCUCCCCUCCCCACCCCUUUAAUAACUCUCUCCUUGUAGGCCCAGCACUUAGGACUGAUGACUCCGUUCGUCAUGCAUCGGUUUUGCGUGCAGCAUCUGCUCGUCACAUGGUAUCAAUUAUUGGGUUGGCUGUAGCAACGCCACGGUAG